GCCCACUCAACCCUAGGCUUUUUUUAUUUAUUUAAUUUUUUUUUUGUUUUUCUAAUGACGGUGUUCAUUCCUUCCCUGGAGAAUACAGUUGCUGCUAUAAUUGAUCAGUGUCGUAUUGACUAACACUCGCGAUGACUCGAUAGGCUCAUAAGAUCCUAUCUACUUUUUAUUUCAUAUGUGUAUGUACUGCGUAUGUACACCCGGGAGGAAAACCCGGUGAUUUGCAUCCGAACUCCCCCUCUCAGCAGGCGGUGUUUAAGCUUUAUGCAACACAUUAAAAUUAUAUGAAGCACUCUAAUACUGCAUUGACCAUGACGCUUUCCUGUCUCCAUGGCCUUCUGCGUAUCCAAUCGCCGAUGUAUCUUGACUAGGACUGAACGAACCUCACGUCUUAUGGUGCCUCGAGUCAAUCAAAAGCUUAUAGAGCAACAAUCCGAGGGCAAAACACCGGUUGUGGUGAUCAUCCAUGGGUCGACUCGGGGGUGGACCAGUUCUACGAUUAUCGUUUUCCUUGCCAAAAGGAGAGUGGGUGAUCUUUCAUUAUUGGUCAAUGUCAACAGAAAAGCCGCAGUAUUCCGUAUUCUGUUGACACUGCUUGCUGCUAGCCAACCCCUGGAGCAAGUUACUACACAGUACUAUCUACAGCACAUUAUUAUUAUUAUUUUUUUCUCUUUCUCGUUUUCUUUUUUACCCUUCUCCAACGCUUCCUUCUAGUGCAUGAACUCCACCUGAGUCCACCAUUGAUUUUUGAUUUUUUUUCUUUUCUUUUGAAUUUCUGUUCUUUCCUCCGACUUCCGUCGACUCGUAAUCUCCUACUCCCAUGUUUCGGCGCUAAUAUGCUUUGAACGAUUGAAUCAAUGGCUUCAUCGUACUAGUUCAUUUUUAGAAUAGCCUGGGCUGAGGAAUGGAUUGAAAGGGCCUUUGGUCUGUGAUCAGUACUAUCCCACAGACUGCCGGGCUCUGGAGAAUGCUGGGCAAGCUACCGAAGUAUAGCCUGUGAUCCAGACUGGCGACCCGCAUGGUUCGGAUUUCGAGUUAGCGAACCCCGUUGCCUGAAAUAGUUUUCUCGUCCUGCUUGGUGUGUUUCGAAGGUUUCCACAUUUGACGUUAGCUCAGUGCCAUUUGCUUUCCCACUGGCAGUUAGGGAUCCAC